CUAAUCUCUAACGCUAUUCCCAAAGAGGCCUUAGAUUGAGACAAGAAAUUGAACUUUUCUUUGAGUUCUCGGUUAUUUAUUUCUUGCACACGGUAAUUACCGGUCAUAUUCUUACACAUCUCUCCAAAAACAUUGUCUCUUUCUCUCCAUCGGCAAAUCAAAGAAUCAUGAGGACCUUGCAGACGGUGGGCUACCGGAAAGGAGACGCCGUGGAGGUGGCGAGCAACGCCGAAGGCUUCGUGGGCUCGUACUACGAGGCGACGGUGGUGGCGGAGCUCCCGGGCGGCAAGGGGUACGUCGUCCAGUACAAGACCCUGGUAAACGACGACCACUCCGGGCCGCUGACGGAGGCGGUCUCCGCCGCGGAAAUCCGGCCGCAUCCGCCGGAGAUCAAGGCGGCGGAGUUCGACAUGGAGGAGGCGGUGGACGCGUUCGACAACGACGGGUGGUGGCUCGGCCGGAUAUCCGGGAAGAUCGGGAACCGUUACUACGUUUACUUCGAUUCAUCCGCCGAUGAGAUCCUUUACCCCAGACACAAAAUCAGAGUUCAUCUUGAUUGGGAUCGCCAUGCCUGGAUUAAUUCCUUCGCAGAUCCCAAUCCAAUCAAUUAAUUAAUUAUUCUUGAUUUUUAGCUUGUUUUUCAUACUUUUUUUAACGAAUAUAUAAAGAUUUGCAUGUGUAUUUUGUAUAACAUGAAGCAGAUCUGUGGAAAUACCAAAAAUUGUCAUCAUUCUGAUAUAUGAUGUAGAUUAACAUAAGAUUACUUGUAAAGAAAAUGAUCAUUAUUAU